UCUGUCCAGCUGUGCAGUCAGCUGGUAGCCUGUAGGAGCGUCCUGUCAUUAAGCAAACAUUUGUGCCAUCUCGUUCCGAUUCGCCCCAAGAAGCCAGCUCAAUCAGCCGGCACUCUGCCAUGCUUAAGCACCACCGUCAGUAGACUACUUCUUCUCGCCUCUUAGCAUUAGCAAAACUAAAUUAAAACAACAUUGAAAAGACAAUAAACGACACUCACAUCUAAAUUAUCUCUUUCUCUCGUCGCCCGCCCCGAGAACAUCUGGUGUAUAUUCUUAAACUAAACAGAACCUACCAACCACCCCACGAAACUGAGUUAGACAGUAGUGCGGCAAUCGACCAUCAGGUAUUGUGAACACAUUUAUCCCGCGGCGAGCACAGGGGCUGAACAUUGCCGCCCACCGACUACUUUGCUUCAGUCUCAGCUUCGUCCCAAUAGAUUGUAUAGGCCCAGCAGCAGAUCCGGAAUCGCGAAGAGGAGCAGCGGGCCAGCAGACAAUUAUCUCCCCUGACUGGCGCACAUUUUUAAACAAUUACCACCAAACACCCUCUGUCUUUAAACUACCACUUCCCUUUCAAUCUCUUUUGCUUGUUCGCAUUUUACUUGUCUUCCAAUUAGAGCCAUAGCACCAUUCACAAUCAACAAAUAUGAGCUACCUGCCGGCUGCAUUGAUUUGAUUUAGUUUCAACUGAGUUGAGUUAAAAUCUUCUUUUCGAGUUUACUCUUCAGCGAGGAAGAAGAGUCCCAAAAGUAGAUGCGAAUUGUGCCUCAAAUCUAAUUCAACCAUUUGAAAAACAACAAAACAAACUAACCAACCUUUUCUCUUUUUACCCAUAUCUCCUUCUGCUAUUAUUGUACCCCUCAAGCUGACAAGGAAGAGACAUUUAUUGACUAUUGUAUUCCCAAUCAAAUUACUCUGCCCUAUUGAUUUUGUCUGAGGCGCAGAGUUCAAUUCCUAUUCACCAUCUUCCCUUCUUUUCAAAUCAACCACAAAAGAGACAGAUAAAAGUCAGAUUAGAAAAAACUCAGUAAGAAUGUCGUCAUCAGCUGCAGUCAAUUCACAACACAGAAUGAUUUACCCCUCCCGAUCCCUACUUGUAAUGGGGACGAUGCUGCUGGUGCUGCUGGUACAAAUGGAAGGAGUGGAGGCUGUUGCGGGCAAAGCAAAGGAUCUACACUAUUGGUACCUUCCCACCGAGAGCACAAUCCGAACUGCCUCCGAGCGAGAAGUGUUCACCAAACCACAGUGCAUCAAGAUAAACGACAACUUGCGACCGUGCACUAAUCUACGAUACAGCUCCAUGCGCAUGCCCAACCUGUUGGCACAGUCGUCGCUGUUCGAAGUAAAGAACUUCCUGAUGGGUUUCGACGACGAGAGAUUUCUGGAGUGUGACCCGUUCGCACGUGACUUCAUCUGCUCCUUGGCAACGCCUCUCUGCUUUGACGGCCGAGCCCAGUUCGAGAUUCCACCUUGCCGAACUUUGUGUGAGCGUGUGAGGGAUAACUGUUUCAGUCUAUUGCUGGAGUAUGGACUGGGCAUCUCGAACAGGUUCAACUGCUCCAAGUUCGAGAACAACGAACUCUGCAUGGACCCAUCGGCUACAGCUGAAACUACGCCAAGUGGCCAAACAACCAACCGUGUUUUGCAUGGUCAUGACUCGUACCAUGACUCCACUUCUAGUUCGGAGGUGCCAGCGACACUGACUGCAGAGACGACAGCUGUAAAUGAGGCAGUCACUGACCCCACAGACGUGACAGAGGCACUCUGCCGCGCACCAAACGGGGUCCCAUCUGCACUGAUUGUGCGUGCGCGUCUGAAGUCUGUCCGAAAGAAGCGAAAGGGGGUGUUCAUGAAAGUGAAGAGGAAGAACCUGAAAGUGUUCUACGAUAGGGACUCCCUGCUGGGGGAGGUGGGGGGAGUGCCCUCCUACAACUCACAGCCCCUCGACACCCUCUUCUUCCGCACCCUCGAGAAGAUAGAACCGGAGGGGGCGGAGUUGCCCAAAAAGAACGCAGUCGUGUACUUGUUCAUCUCCGGAGCAGAGACCUCGUCCGGAUCAUCCAGCAGUACACGUUCGACCAAGAGCAGCACUUCUUCACAAUCAGGAGCAGUGACAUCCUACGACACAAAUGCAGAUGACACAGAGAACAGCACAGAAGACUCAUCGGAAGAGGAAGAUAUGCCAUUUUUGAGGGUACUGUGCAUAGUGCCAGACAACGGAAGCGCCAAAAUGAGACAGCUCAUGAACUGGCCCGGCAAAAAUGCACCCAUCAAAUGCGACCCCUAACCGAUUCUCAGUCUAAGACCAAUAUCAACAAAAUCUACAAGUACAUCACAACAAUUGGGGAAAACAGAAGACGAACUUUUCCGACAACAAAUUUCAUAUUUGACAUUUUCCAGAUAGUAACUCAAAGACACGCUGUUUUAAAACCAACAUGAUAUGAAACCUUGCGCAUUUAAAAAAAAUUAUUAGGUAAUUCGAUAAAAAUCUACUAUAUGCGUACGUAAGGGAGGAUUUGGGGGCCACAUUUUUCAGGGAUUAGACCCCGUCGCCACCUUUUAGUAGUAUUUCAAGAUAACAUUUUUUAGCUAGCUAGCAUCCAGUUUUGGCUUUUCAAAAAAUGACUAAAACGGCCAAAAACAAAUUUAAUUGCCUACGGCGCAAAAUAAGGAAUUUAUAAUCUUUUGAAAGAACUCGAAAAAACAAUUAGGUAGACCUAAAGAGUGAACUUUUAGAAAAUCUUCUUCCCCGAGAAAAUCGAAUUCUCCCCUGCGUGUUGUAAAAUAGUUUCUAUAAGGCUUGAUAAACUGCUCGACUAUAAGGGCCAUUAUUUUGACUACGCUGACAAUUCGGGUGCAAAAAAAUUUUGCACCAAUUUGGACCAAUUAGAGCUCGAACAACUGCUGAUUUGAACCUUUUUCUGGAUUCGAACGUGACAUUGUUUCUGACAUCAUUCUUUCCAUAUUUUCGAAAUAUUUCUAGCAAUCGAGUUGAAUGCAUUUCCUGGUUUCAUUCAUUUAUCUGUACAAAAAUUCGCUCUCCAUAUGUAGCUGUUGCUGACAAUAAAUUUUGACUAUUUGACUGAUCUUUGGUAGAAUUGUUUGAUUGAUAUAGAUGUCUAAAAAUACAUAAAAAUACAAUAAUAAUACAGCUUAGAAUAAAA